GUUCAUGUUUCUUCUUCCCUUACUCAUUUUCCUCCAUUUUCUUCCACCUUUUAUUUCUCUCUUUAUUUAAUUUCUCUCCAUUAUUAUAAUAAAAGUUUAAUCCUAUCUGGGUAAAUUAAUGCCUAUCAUUUUAUGUUCUAAAAGUAUAUUUUAGUUGAUUUCUGAUUAAUUAAGAUUACUUGAAUUAAUUAUUAUUCUUAAUCAACAGAUGAUCUGUGUUUGUGUGUCAUGUCUGGCACUUUCAUCAUUGCCUCCAAAUGCCUUUCUCUCUCUUAUUCUCUUUCACAUUCUCUCUCUUCCCAGCCUUUGAAGGUCUACAUUGCCACGACUUCAUCAGAAAAAGUUGAAUCUUUUUUAUUGCUACCUCAGAUUUUUCUUAGCUUUGGAUUUAUUCUUUAAUUCAAUUUGAUACAAGGCUUCCAUCGUUUUCUUGAGUAUAAAUUGUACUUGGUCAUACUUGAAGUUUCCUUCUUACUACAGAAUGUCAGUUUCCCUCAGAGAUAUUGAUCCAGCUUUCCAGGGAGCUGGUCAAAAGGCAGGACUAGAAAUAUGGCGCAUUGAGAAUUUUCGUCCUGUACGCGUCCCAAACUCUUCUUAUGGAAAAUUUUAUACAGGAGAUUCUUAUAUUAUUUUGAAGACAACAACUUUAAAGAGUGGUGCGUUACGUCAAGAUAUACAUUAUUGGCUUGGAAAAGAUACGUCUCAAGAUGAAGCUGGUGCUGCGGCUGUCAAAACCGUGGAAUUGGAUGCAGCUUUGGGAGGUCGUGCUGUCCAAUAUAGGGAAGUGCAGGGCCAUGAAACUGAAAAGUUUCUUUCGUAUUUCAAACCUUGUAUUAUACCAUUGGAAGGUGGAGUUACUUCUGGAUUCAAGCAUCAUGAAGCAGAAGAAUAUAAGGCACGCCUUUAUGUCUGUAGAGGGAAACAUGUAGUUCACGUAAACGAGGUUCCUUGUGCCCGAUCCUCACUAAAUCAUGAUGAUAUAUUCAUUUUGGACACAGAAUCUAAAAUAUUUCAAUUUAGUGGCUCCAACUCUUCCAUCCAAGAGAGAGCUAAAGCAUUGGAAGUUGUUCAAUAUAUUAAAGACAACAAUCACCAUGGAAAAUGUGAUAUUGCUGCCAUUGAGGAUGGAAGAUUGAUGGCUGAUGCCGAAUCUGGUGAAUUCUGGGGUUUCUUUGGUGGGUUUGCUCCACUUCCAAGGAAAACAGCUAGUGAAGGUGAUAAAGAUAUUGUUCCUACUUCUGCUAAGCUUUUCUGUGUUGAGAAGGGACAUGCAGAACCAGAAGAAGCUGACAUUUUAACUAGGGAUCUGCUAGAUACAAAUAAAUGCUAUAUACUGGACUGUGGUAAUGAAGUUUUUGUAUGGAUGGGAAGGAAUACCACUCUUGAUGACAGGAAAAGUUCAAGUGGAGCAGCCGAAGAAUUGCUUCAGAGCCUUGAUCGUCCAAACACUCAUAUAAUCCGUGUCAUUGAAGGAUUUGAGACAGUUGUCUUUAAAACAAAAUUUAAUUCAUGGCCUUCAAAUGCUGAGGUUGCUGUAUCUGAAGAUGGAAGAGGCAAGGUUGCAGCUCUCCUCAAACGUCAGGGUGUUAAUGUUAAGGGUCUUGUGAAAGCUGCACCUCCAAAAGAUGAACUCCAAAUAUAUAUUGACUGCACAGGAAAUUUGCAGGUUUGGCGCAUAAACCACAACAAGAUGGAUCUCCUUUCUGCUUUUGAACAGUCGAAAUUCUAUAGUGGAGAUUGCUAUAUUUUUCAGUAUUCAUACCCUGGAGAAGACAAGGAGGAGCACCUUAUUGGGACAUGGUUCGGAAAACAAAGCAUUGAGGAGGAGCAAAUUUCAGCUAUAACCCUGGCUAGCAGGAUGGUGGAAACUAUGAAGUUCACGCCAACUCAGGCUCGGUUUUAUGAAGGAAGUGAGCCAAUCCAAUUCUUCGCUAUUUUUCAAAGCUUUUUUGUUUUCAAGGGUGGACUCAGUGAAGGAUUCAAAACGUACAUUGCCGAGAAUGAACUUCCUGAUGAUACAUACACAGAGGAUGGUGUUGCUUUGUUUCGAGUUCAAGGCUCAGGACCUGAUAAUAUGCAAGCUAUUCAAGUAGAUCUGGUUCCGUCAUCGCUUAAUUCUUCAUACUAUUACAUAUUGCAUAGUGGCUCCACCGUGUUUUCAUGGUCUGGAAAUCUCACUUCAUCAGAGGAUCAGGAGCUUGUUGAGAGGCAGUUGGAUAUCAUCAAGCCAAAUUUGCAGUGCAAAAGUUUAAAAGAAGGAGCAGAAACUGAUCAAUUCUGGAAGUUGUUAGGAGAGAAAACCGAAUAUCCUAGCCAGAAGAUUGCUAGAGAUCCUGAAAGCGAUCCUCACUUAUUCUCAUGCCACUUCUCUAAAGGAGUGUUGAAGGUGGCGGAAAUAUACAACUUCUCUCAGGAUGAUCUAAUGACUGAGGAUAUGUUUAUAUUGGAUUGUCACUCGGAUAUAUUUGUGUGGGUCGGACAAAAAGUUGAUUCCAAGACCAAAAUGCAAGCUUUGACUAUUGGGGAGAAAUUUGUGGAACGAGAUUUUCUUCUUGAAAAGCUCUCGCCUAAAGUGCCCAUCUAUGUUGUCAUGGAAGGGAGUGAACCUCCGUUCUUCACUCGCUUUUUUACGUGGGACUCAGCAAAACCUGCUAUGCAUGGAAACUCUUUUCAGAGAAAAUUAGCUGUAAUAAAGAAUGGAGGGACGCCGGCUGUAGAUAAACCGAAGAGGAGGACCCCCACAUCAUAUGGGGGGAGGUCUAGUGUCCCCGACAAAUCACAGGGUCGUUCGAGGAGUAUGUCCUUCAGCCCAGAUCGUGUUCGAGUCAGAGGAAGGUCUCCUGCUUUUAACGCACUUGCCGCUACUUUUGAGAAUGCAAACGCGAGGAAUCUUUCAACACCACCUUCGAUUGUUAGGAAGCUUUAUCCAAAAUCAGGCACUCCUGAUUCUGCUAAGCAAGCUCCAAAAGCUGCUGCGAUUGCAGCACUUACAGCAUCAUUUGAGAAAACUCCGCGAGAACCUGUUAUUAUACCUCGCUCUCGUAAAGUGAAUCCAGAAUCUCCUAAAGAAACACCAUCUCCGGAGUCAAUUCCCAAAGAGAAUUCCAUGGGUAGCAUACGAGAGGAUGCCAAGGAAGAUGAGGCCGAAGAUGUAGAGGGACUUACGACAUAUCCAUAUGAACGCUUGAAGACAACAUCAGAUGAUCCUGUUUCUGACGUUGAUGUCACUAAGCGGGAGACUUAUCUCUCUGCAGCAGAGUUCAAAGAAAAAUUCGGGAUGUCAAAGGAAAAUUUCUAUAAGCAACCCAAGUGGAAACAGAAUAAGCUUAAAGUGGCGCUUCAAUUAUUUUGAGUUCUCAUACAGAUCUCCCGGUUUUUUUACUCAAAUUGCAUGUUAAAGGAUCUCGUGCAUGGAAUCCGUACGAACCUACUCCACCCUCGUGUUAUUGAAUAAAUUGAAUCUGAUUCUCAUGCUGCCGAUAUACAGCAAUUCUGACAGUCGCUCAUUUUUCGGCUCUCUGCAGUGAUACUUGUUCCAUGUCGGUGUGAAGGGACAGCAUCAAUGUUUUUUGGCUGCUGUUCCUGAUAACAUUUUUUUUUCGCUCGCUAGGAAUUUGUUUGCAGAAUUUAUGUUUAUUGUUUGUUUUCGUAUAUCUACACUGGAAGGCGGAAGGAGGUGAUUGGUACCUUAGUUUUGGUUCUUUGAGUUUAGUUUUCACAUUGUUUAGGUCACAGCAUUGAUGUGAGUUUGCAUUUUUGUUUCGUUCCGCUCGAGUUUGGAUUCAAGUUGAUUGAUGAGGAUUUUGAAGGUCAGUUUACUGAUGUGCAAGAAGAGUUUAAAGGUUUUGUAUAGAAGAGUGUAAAAAUCUAGUCCAGAGUUAUCAUUUUUUUAUACUUCAUUAUUUAAUAAUAAUGCUUGUAUUUUUCAGUUCUUGUUUGAUUGAUUUAACUAGGGACUUGAUGCAAUUUUAUGGGUAUGAACUUUACCUAAUUUAUGGUGUUAUAUGUCUAAUGAACGUCUCUUAUGUAAUUUGAUUUUAGUGACAUGAAAUAGAAAAACCGGGAAAAUGGUAAUCAUGAGUUGCUAUUA